AAAAAUUCACCGUCCGGCGCAUUUGACGGCGGUUAGUCGACGCGCGAGCAUCCCGAGAGAACGGGUCGUAUCGAGGAGAGAAAGCAGAGAUCGUAGUAGAGAAAGAAAGAGAGAGAGAGAGAGAGAGAGAGAGAUAGAAAGGCAACUGCCCCGCAGCGUUUCGCUUCCGCGUAAUACUCGGCAAAAGCAUAAUACCUGUAGACGUCGCGCGACGUCGCACUCAGUGAUUUAAGAGAACAAGUUCGCACACAGUGAGAGUGACGAAAAUGGUGUCCGGCGGUAUGACUUGCGUGAAAUACCUGCUAUUUCUCUUCAACCUGAUAUUUGCGAUCACCGGUAUCGUAUUUAUUUCGGUGGGUGCGGUGAUUCUAGUUGUUUACAAUGGAUACAACAACUUUGUGGAUAGUUGGUUCUUUGCAGCACCAGUCUUAAUGAUAAUAGUCGGUGUCAUAGUCUUCCUUGUAUCAUUCUUUGGAUGCUGCGGCGCCGUGAAAGAAAAUCAUUGCAUGAUAAUUACGUUCUCAGUUUUGCUGCUGUUGAUAUUCGCCCUGGAAUUGGGUGCUGGAAUCACAGGUUACAUGAUGAGAGGAGAAGUUGGUAACAUGUUAGAAAAUCGUCUGAAUAAUACCAUGCGACAAUAUAGUAGUAAUGAUGAUAUUCGUCGUUCUUGGGAUAUUAUGCAGCAUGAUUUAGACUGCUGUGGUAUGAAUAAUCCUGCAGAUUGGUCUCGCGUUGGUUUCGUAGACAAUACCGUUCCCGAAUCCUGCUGCAAGGAAGUUCCUACUCAGAGCAAAUGUGAUGUAAAUUCGAUUCACGUUAAUGCCGAGGGUUGCAUGAUCAAACUACAAUCUGCUAUAGAAAAUAACGCUAUGAUCCUAGGAGGAGUGGGCAUAGGCAUAGCUCUCAUACAAUUGAUUGGAGUAGUCUUUGCGUGCUGUCUAGCUCGCUCAAUUCGCCGCGAGUAUGAGACUGUCGAAACCACAGCACACUGAUCUGCCAUCAAUUAGGAGGCAUUUUUCAUAAUAUUGUUCAUCAUACAUUGGUUGAUAUUUGUAGAGUCAUUAUGACCGUAAUCAUUCUUAUUGUGCUUAUAAAUAAAUAUAUAUAUACAUAUAUAUAUACCCAAAGAGGAAUGAUGUCACAAAUAUUUAGUGUACAGUGAUAAGUUAACGAUGCUUCGGUAUGUAAUGCACGUGAAAUUAUAUAUAUAUACAUAUACUUUUGUAGAGAGAAUGCAUUGGCAUCUCUAUUUUUGCUUGCUUCUUAUAAAAAGAUAAAAAAAAAGAAAAAAUGCUACGCCUUGGAAAUAUUAACAUUUUCCUAUUAAAUUUAAUAUCAAAUUACUGCCAAUAUCUGCCAAAAAAUAUACAUCACAUGCCGUAUAAGAAGCAACGAAAAGAGAAAAAAAGAAAACUAGUCGAAAAGGUAUAUAAUCCUGUUUACAGAGAUUAUAGCAAUACAAGUUGAUCAAUUUUUGGCACAUGUAUGCUGAGGUGCCUAUUAAAUGAUGUGCCAUGAUGUAAUGUCUGACAGAUCUAUUUUUUCAUGUGAUAUGUUUAUAUGAAGCUUGUAAUUUUUUGCGCAUUAUAUACGAUUUGUAGCAUUAUAGGAGGUAAAACAUUCAAUGUAGCCAUCAUUCCUCUUAAUUUUUUGUCAUUAAAAAAAAAAACGAUAAAAAGAUAAAGAGUUCUAUUUCUGCAUCAUCUUCCUCAGAGUGCAGAAUAGACAAUUUAUGUAGCAAUUAAUUGCAAACAAACUUGUGUUCUGAUAAUUUAAUACUCCCAUAAAAUAGCGUACAUUAUAUUGAGUAUAUGCGCGCAAGUCUUUGCAUUUGUUUUUCACGCCUCCUCAUCGACGAAAAAAAAGAUGCAGUCUCUAAUAUUUAUAAUAUAUACGAUGUUGUGGUAAUAUUGAUAUAAAUUUAUAUAAUAAUUUUCUGUGUUCUACGAACAAAAAAAAAAACAGAAAAAGUAGCGUACUCUUAUUCGUAAUCGACGGUGCCCCGUGAAAUAUAUAUAUAUACAUAUAUGCGUGUAUAUAGUAUCAUUAUGUAGUAUCGGAUGUACACAAAAA